AGAGCGAAAGCCUGAGGACCGGGUCGGGGCUGGGUUCCGGGCCCGGGAGCGGUCGGGGCGGCAGCCAUGAGGCGGGACGUGCGCAUCCUGUUACUGGGCGAGGCCCAGGUGGGGAAGACGUCGCUGAUCCUGUCCCUGGUGGGCGAGGAGUUCCCGGAGGAGGUCCCUCCCCGCGCGGAGGAGAUCACGAUCCCCGCGGACGUCACCCCGGAGAAGGUGCCCACUCACAUCGUGGACUACUCAGAAGCCGAGCAGACGGACGAGGAGCUGCGGGAGGAGAUCCACAAGGCAAACGUGGUGUGCGUGGUGUACGACGUCUCUGAGGAGGCCACCAUUGAGAAGAUUCGAACUAAGUGGAUCCCACUGGUGAAUGGGGGUACCACGCGGGGGCCCAGGGUGCCCAUCAUCCUAGUGGGUAACAAGUCAGACCUGCGGUCGGGGAGCUCCAUGGAGGCCGUGCUCCCCAUCAUGAGCCAGUUUCCUGAGAUUGAGACCUGCGUGGAGUGUUCAGCCAAGAACCUGAGGAACAUCUCAGAGCUGUUCUACUAUGCCCAGAAGGCUGUCCUGCACCCCACAGCCCCCCUCUAUGACCCUGAGGCCAAGCAGGUGUGCCCCCGCCCCACCCUCGGUGCCCAGCCCCCUCGAACCUCCGCUGCUGUUAGUGACCGGAACGGGCCGUCUCCGGGGAACUGGCUGACUCCCAGCAACGUUCUCUCGGAGGCAGAAAUCCUGCUUCGGGCACCCCCUGGCCCCGCAGGCCCUGGAGGACGUGAAGACGGUGGUGUGCAGGAACGUGGCGGGCGGCGUGUGGGAGGACCGGCUGACUCUGGAUGGUGAGGCCGGGUGCCCACCUGUGCCUGGGGAGUGUGGGGAGGGUGCUGUGCCUGGUGCUCCCCCUGCUCUGUCUCGGUGCAGGUUUCCUCUUCCUGAACACGCUCUUCAUCCAGCGUGGCCGUCACGAGACCACAUGGACCAUCCUGCGGAGCUUCGGCUACAGCGACACACUGGAGCUGACGGCCGACUAUCUCUUCCCUGCGCUCCACGUGCCCCCCGGCUGCAGCACUGAGCUCAACCACCUUGGCUACCAGUUUGUGCAGAGGGUGUUUGAGAAGCACGACCAGGACCGCGAUGGCGCCCUCUCGCCCAUGGAGCUGCAGAGCCUCUUCAGUGUGUUCCCGGCAGCCCCCUGGGGCCCUGAGCUCCCGCGCACAGUCCGCACAGAGGCCGGCCGGCUGCCCCUGCACGGAUACCUCUGCCAGUGGACCCUGGUGACCUACCUGGACGUCCGGAGCUGCCUCGGACACCUGGGCUACCUGGGCUACCCCACCCUCUGUGACCAGGACUCGCAGACUCGCGCCAUCACAGUCACCCGUGAGAAGAGGCUGGACCAGGAGAAGGGACAGACGCUGCGGAGCGUCCUCCUAUGCAAGGUGGUGGGGGCCCGUGGAGUAGGCAAGUCUGCCUUCCUGCAGGCCUUCCUCGGCCACGGCCUGGGGCACCAGGACACGAGGGAGCAGCCUCCGGGCUACACCAUCGACACGGUGCAGGUCAACGGACAGGAGAAGUACUUGAUUCUAUGUGAGGUGGGCUUAGAUGAUCUGGCCACAUCGCUGGACGCCGCCUGUGAUGUUGCCUGCUUGAUGUUUGAUGGCAGUGACCCAAAGUCCUUUGCACAUUGUGCCAGCGUCUACAAGCACCAUUACAUGGACGGGCAGACCCCCUGCCUCUUCGUCUCCUCCAAGGCUGACCUGCCCGAAGGGGUUGUGCCGGUUGGCCCAUCGCCAGCCGAGUUUUGCCGCAAGCACCGGCUGCCAGCUCCCGUGCCGUUCUCCUGUGCUGGUCCAGCCGAGCCCAGCACUGCCAUCUUCACCCAGCUUGCCACCAUGGCCGCCUUCCCACAUUUGGUCCACGCAGAGCUGCAUCCCUCUUCCUUCUGGCUCCGGGGCCUGCUGGGGGUUGUCGGGGCCGCCAUGGCCGCAGUCCUCAGCUUCUCGCUCUACAGGGUCCUGGUGAAGAGCCAGUGAGGCCCUGAUACCUAAGCUCCCUCCCCUGACGGUGUGGCUCACUGCUGGGGCUCUGCAGGGCAGCACAGCUGGGGUGCAGGCCAGGCUGCCACUCUGGGAAUGCCGUUCUGCCCGGACUUUCUGUUUCUGAAGGCAGUCGGGCUGCAGCAGGGCCUCAGGCUGCCACGCACUGUCCUGGCUCCUGCCAGACCCCCAGGGUGGGCCGUGGCAGGUGGCUGAGCAGGAGCUCCCGAGUGCCGGCCGCCGCUGUCAGGGGUUGCCCACCUCUGGGCAUCGUGUGUGGGGCUGGGGAGCACAGGUGUGGGAGCCGGUGACCCCAGACCCGGAAUUCUCAGGGCUUUACCCCCUUUUCCUGGUCCUGGGGGGCCAGUGGGUGUGAGGACGGCUGGAAGGCCUGGCUUUGGGCCAAAAGCAGGCGUUGGGGGGGUUCUCCCUCAAGUCUGGAGCUGUUUCUGUGACGGCAGCAGAGGGCCAGAGGCCCCUGAUUAAACUUCACUGUGUCAUUUCCAUCUGGGAUCCCGGUCUCUGAAGACAACUUGCCUUGAUUCAACCUA